ACCGAUACAGGUCGAGUAUAGGGACUUUUCUAAAAGCGUCUCCGAGUAUAUUUUGGAAAUGAAGAAAGAUCUUACGACGAAAUUACAAAGUAUGUUGGAUCAACAAGCCGAAAAACUAAACCAACUCGUAUCGGAGCAGAGUGCUCGAUCAAGUGACAAUGCCAGGGAAACUUUAGCAGAAGAGCUAUGGAACUUUGAAUGUUCCAAGCCUCCUCGCACCACAAAAUGGUGUGCACAGAUUGGGGAAAAGCACUACUUCAUCGACUAUCUCCGGACUGCCACCUGGUCAGAGGCCGAUGGAAUUUGCCGCCAAAUGGGAGGACACCUGGCCAGUUUGCAAAGCAAUCAGGAGUGGCAAGCACUCGAGGGGAUUGUCAGCCAUAGCCGAUUCUUUUGGCUGGAUAUCAAUGACGUGGCAUCCAAGGGCAAAUACGUGUCUGAAACCACCGGCGAAAAUGCUACUUUUCUGAAGUGGGAUCACAACGAACCGAAUAAUUGGAACGGGAAUGAAAACUGUGUUCACCUAAAGGCUGUUACAUUCUUAAUGAAUGACGUUUCCUGCAGUUCGACCUACAAUUUCAUCUGCGAGCGCUAACAAAUUUGGUAUACGAUAAAUUAGAGAGAUUAAGGGACGUUUUCUCCUAAGAAUCCUGUAUGUUCCUUCUUGCCAAAUCGCUUCUAUAUUUUAGUUUAAUCAAUUAAUUAUCAACAUUGUGGUUGAAUUUGCUAAAGUACAUUAGCACAUAUAAAUUAAUAUUAUUAUUGUGAUAUAUAAGGUUUACCGUAAAAUUUAUUUAGAGAUUAAACUUUGGUGUUUGAUAAUA